AUGAUAAUAUAUAUAUCAACAUAGUGCACUGUGUCUCCCUCUAGUGGUUAUGUAUAGCUCUGCUAGGCUAAAACAUAACCAAGUAUAAAUACUGUAAUGCACUGAGUGAUAUUCAAAUUUUGUAAUAUUGUGAUUCUUUUUAAAAACACAGUUCGAAACAAAAAGUGAAAAUAUUUAUGUUGCAUUAUUGUCUUGUUUAUUGGUUGCUAUGGUGACGACUACUCGGCUGUUGUGUACGUACAGCGACAGCAGAAAACCAAAACAGAAUUAAAUUGCAGUAUAGAGUCUAGUUUGGAGACGUGUUCCGCACAGAUGGACGGGUCCUCACAGUUCACCGUCAAUGGCGGACGAUGGAGGAGACCAAGUUGCAGCCAGUAUAGCAAGAACACCCAAGACCUGCUGAGAUCAAUGAUGCGGGACUUGAGCCUCACCAACCUCCAAAGAAAACACAUCGAUGAGUGCUUAAAGAAUGGAUCUGCUUUGCCACGGACCACUCAGCCCGCAGCAUCAAUUUCCCCCCGUCAGCCGAAAGGCAGCAAAUGCAUCCCUAAGCUUCUUUCUGGUCGGCCGCAAAGACGCAGUGCUGCUUCCUGCCGUUCUGGGAACAAUAUCAGAGAAAAGUUCUGCCCUGCACCGACAAGAGACUUAGAAAAAGAGAAGAGGAGGCUUCAAAGUAUCUUGGCCACAGGACAAGAAGAAGCAGCAGAUGAUGCGCCUUCGGAAAAUGUUAUGUGUGUGAAAGCUGCAGUGACAGAGGAGAGGGACCGUUAUCAAGAAGUUCUGGAUGAGAUUGAGGAAAGGAGACAAUUCCUGGCAGAUAUGGCCUCUGUAGGACAGGAGAAGCAGUACAUCCACAUCAUCAACACGGAAAUAUCACAGAAAAUCCGUGAACUGGAGAAAUUAGCUGAAGCCCAAAAACCAAACAAGGAAGUGAUGGCACCUGAGAGGCCCGUGGAUGCAAGCUAGUGCUAAAAGGUUAAACAAAGAAUAAACAACUGCAGUAUCUGUAUUAACUUGUUUUAUUUACCUGCCUUAGACUGUAAACAUUUCUUAUAAUCCUAUUUUUGGGGGUUAAAAACCAUCUGACAGGCAUUGCAGAAGUUCCUUGAUAUGUUUUAGAAGGAAGACGACAUGAUUGAGGACAA